AAUUGUGAAUGUUUGUAGGUUACUUUUUUCUUUUAAGGGUUUUGUUGUGUUUGUUGUUUUUUCCAGUAUUUAUUAUUUUCUCUCAUAUUUUCUUCAUACAAUUAGUUAUAACAUAACAAAAUGCCUGGAAUAACAAGGGAAUAACUAUGUAGAGUCUACAAGGACAAUUUCAUAAGAAUACGCGCGUUUUCAAUUCUUGAAAACAAAGUAUUUGGCUGGAUUUGAAAUUGCAGACAUGAAUGCAGUAUCAGGAAAAAACAAGGAAAACAUGUGAUUUUUCUUCACUGGUGUUAACGCUAUGUGCUGAGUACCUCUUGAACUGAACAGUAAAAUUUAACACCAUGUAAUUGAUCUAAGAUAACAUUCAAAUGUUAUUCCCUCACUGCCUUUGUCUUUUUCUGCUAAUUCAUGCCCAUUCUAUACACUUCUCUUAUCAAGGAAGUGUUACAAAUACCCCUCUUCUUUUAUACUCAACAACUGAGGAUAUUCGAUUAGUAAAUUCUUCAAGAGAGUAUAGCAGGGGUAAAUCUGUCACAUUGGUAAAAAAUUAUACAUUUAUAGCAGCUAUAGAUUUCCAUUAUGACUUGGGAAAAGUCUUUUGGGUUGACCAUGAAAAUGAAACCAUAUUUGGUAUUGACUAUAAAGAUGGAACUGUGAAAAACAAGGUGGAAAUUGUUAAUGAUGUACUUACUCCUGAUGGCUUGGCCUGUGAUUGGGUUACAAAUAAACUGUACUGGACUGAUAGUGAAACUAAACUAAUAGAAGUUGCCACUAUUGAAGGAAAAUAUAGAAAAGUUUUAUUUUGGACUGAUCUUGAUCAACCAAGAGCUAUUGCCCUAGCUCCUAGAGAAGGUUUCAUGUUUUGGACUGACUGGGGUGAUUCACCAAAAAUAGAAAGAGCUGGAAUGGAUGGUGAUCCUUCCACUAGAAAAGUUUUAGUGUCUGAAGAUAAGAUUAAUUGGCCCAAUGGACUAGCAGUUGAUUAUGAAACUAACACUGUAUAUUGGGUAGAUGGAACUUUGAAGUUCAUCAAGAAAAUGGAUUUCAAUGGCAAAAACCUGACUAAAGUUCUUGACAAGGGUUUGGUCCAUCCUUAUGCCCUAACAAAAUUUCAAUCAAAAUUCUACUGGACAGAUUGGAACACUGGAGGUAUUUACGUCUACGACACGGACCACAAAGAACCGAACGAAUUUAUAUCGAGUACCCACCCUACCGGCAUCAGGGUGUGGGACGAAUCCAUGCAACCCAAACAGUCCCACCCAUGUCAGAUGAACAACGGCGGAUGCUCGCAUCUAUGCCUCAUCUCUCAGGACGCCCCGGGCUUCGCUUGUGCCUGCCCGGGCGGCAUCAAGCUGCUCGACCGCUCCACCUGCCACGAUGCGCCGCAGGAGAUGCUGCUGCUGGCCAAGCGCACCGAGAUCUGCCUGGUCUACCUCGAUUCGCCCGAGUACGGCUGGAAAGCGCUGCCCGUGGGGCAUGUCGAAUACGGGGCAGCCGUCGACUUCGAUCCUGUCGACAAGUUCAUCUACUGGUCCGACGAGGAGGUGGAAAAAAUCCAAAGGGCGAGAUUAGACGGCAGUGACAAGCAAGAUGUUGUCACCACCGACUUACAGGAUCCAGAGGGUAUAGCUCUGGACUGGUUGGCGCGCAAUAUCUACUGGACUGACACUGGGACAAACAGGAUAGAAGUCGCUAGAUUAGAGACAGGCUUCCGGAAAGUAAUCAUCAUGGAUAAACUAACUGAUCCUAGAGCGAUCGCGGUGGCUCCCGCCCUCGGCUGGCUGUUCUGGUCCGACUGGAACGAAAAAGACCCCAAAAUCGAGCGAUCCAACCUCGACGGUACCCUACGCGUAGCCAUCGUCAGCGAGCGCAUCGAAUGGCCCAACGGCAUCACCUUGGAUUGCGACAGGAAGAGGAUAUACUGGGGGGACGCCAAGCUGGACGUGAUCGAGCACGCCGACAUGGACGGCGGGGAUAGGCGGGAGCUGGUGCGGGACGUGCCGCACGUGUUCGGGUUCAGCUUGAUGGGGGAGUACGUGUACUGGACGGACUGGCAACGCAGGGCGGUAGAGAGGGUGCACAAGGAGACGGGAAGCAACCGAAAGAUAAUCGUCGACCAGAGAAUGGAGAACGUGAUGGGCCUCAAAGCCAUCAAGUCCGGCGAUGCUGAAGGCUGGAACCCGUGCAAGGACGCGAACUUCAACUGUUCGCAACUGUGCUUCCACCGGCACGACGGGACGACGGUGUGCGCCUGUCAGAUCGACUACGAGCUGGCCGAAGACGGCCGGACUUGCACGAAGCCGAGGGCGUUCCUGCUGUACGCGAAGAGGGGGAGUAUCGGGCGGAUGAGCAUCGAGAACGAGAAUAACGAGGCGACCAUUCCGAUCGCUGGUAUCAAACAGGCGAGUUCCAUUGAUUUCGACACGAACACGAUGCGCGUCUACUGGACGGACAGUAAGGCGCGCGCCAUCUCGCGCGCCUUCGUCAACGGCUCCGACGUGCAGAAAGUGAUCGAUCUGGGGCUAGCCGGGCCCGAGGGCCUGGCCGUCGAUUGGCUGGCGCUCAACGUGUACUGGACGGAUCCGGCGGCGCACCGCAUCGAGGUGGCCAGGUUGACGGGUACAGGAAGGCGGACGCUGUUGUGGGACGAGACGUACCGGCCGCAGAGCAUCGUCGUGGAGCCGGUGGCCGGGUACAUGUACUGGUCGGAGACCGGGUCCAUCAAGAAGGCGACGAUGGACGGCAAGAACCACAUCCCGCUGGUGUCCACCGAGGAGCUGGCCACCAGCCUGACCCUCGACCACGACCAGCGGCGGCUGUACUGGACGGAGACGCGCUCCGGUCGCAUCAGGUCGGCCGACCUGAACGGCCACGACGUCGCCGUGGUGGUGGAGGACGCCGCCUCGCAGCCGACGGGGCUCACCUUGUUCGAGGACUACGUGUUCUGGAGCGACAACAAGACCGGCGACAUAUUCAGGGCGAACAAGUCGAACGCGGCAGCCACCAAAACGCGAGUGCACCGCGCGGAAGGCGUGGCCGACCUGUCGGCCUAUCACGAUCGCAGCAGGCGGCGGCGGCACGCCAACCAGUGCGCCAUCAGCAACGGCGGCUGCUCGCAUCUGUGCCUCGCGCUGCCGCCCGGCGGGCAGGCGGCCGGCGGGCAGGCGGCCGACGGGCCGGGGUACGCGUGCGCCUGCCCCAAUCACUACCGGCUGGUCGACAACGGGUGUAUACCUCCAAGUAGUUUUAUGAUAUAUAGCCUUAGAAAUAUGGUAGUGAGACUAGUACCUGAUACUUCUGAUUGUCCAGAAGCUGUUUUACCUAUACACGGAUUGAAAGCCAUAAAAGCGAUCGAUUUUGAUCCGAAAUCAAAUUUUUUAUAUUGGAUUGACGGGAAAUCGCAUUCAGUCAAACGAUCCGAAGCUAGCGAACGAAAAUACGAGGUGGAAAGACAGAAAUUCGACAAUAUCGUCGUUAACAAUAAGGAAUCCUUGCCGUACGAUCUAGCGGUCGAUAGCAUAGGAAGGACGCUGUUUUGGACUUGUGCCUUGAAAGAUGUCAUCAAUGUCACCAGAUUGGACAAUUCGAAUCCGUUCGGAAUAAUCGAAAAAAAGGAUGGAGAAAAGCCGCGUCUUAUAGCUUUACAUGUUGCCAAAAGGUUGUUGUUUUUUACUGACGUGGGCAAAAUGCCGGAAUUCACGCAAUUGAUAAGGACAAGAUUGGACGGUUCCCAUCGAAUGAUUAUAAAACGAGCCAGCAACAUAACCGCCAUCGCAGUCGACACGGAAAACGAUCUGCUCAUCUGGGCUCAAGGUCAUAGCAUUUAUGUCAGCAACAUCGACGGCGAAAAUCAACACGUGUUGCUGAACGAGAGCAACUCGAAAAUCGUCCAGCUCACCGUCCACACCGGCUGGCUGUACUGGAUCGACAAGGAGAUCGACCAGCUGCAGCGACUCGAGAUCCUGUCGGGCAAGUCGCGUUCCGUACUGCCCGUCCAGGCGUCGCACAUCCUCGACCUGAUCUCGGUGCAGGCACCUGCCGACCACCUCUGCAACCUGACGCACCAGAAGAAGUGCUCGCACUUUUGCUUGCACGAGGGCAGCUCGUACGUCUGCGCUUGCCCGCAAGGUCUGAUACUCGACGUCGAUAACAAGACCUGCCAGCCGCCGCCCGACUGCGGCGCCCAUCGCUUCACCUGCACCGCCGCCGCCGCCCAGAAGCGCGACUGCAUCCCCAUCUAUUGGCGGUGCGACCAGCAGCGCGACUGCGCCGACGGCUCCGACGAGCUCGGGUGCCACGCGUGCACCGCGGAGCAGUUCCGCUGCCAGGACGGGCAGUGCAUCGACCGGCUGUUCUACUGCGACCAUACGGUGCACUGCAACGACUCGUCGGACGAGAAGAGUUGCUGCGAGGAGGGAUACCAGUGUCCGCAAACUGAGGUGUGCCUGCCCCUCUCCCUAGUUUGCGACGGCAACGAGAACUGCGCCGACGGGUCGGACGAGAAGGACUGCGCCGCCGCCAAGCAGCCGGUCGUGCACAUCGUGCUCGCCGCCGUCGGCGCGGCGUUCGCGUUCGCGCUCGUCGCCAUGCUGGCGGUGCGGUGGCGUCGGCUGUUCGGCAAGCCGGACGGCGGCGAUCGGCCGGACGACGACGAUGCGCUGAACCCGAUGCAGCCGAGCGGCUGGAAGAACUCCAAGUACCGCAAAGGCAUCCCCGACGUGGUCCGCAUGUCGAUGCUGAACGACAGCGGCUGCCCCUCCACGACCGACCGCCGCCACAUCACCGGCGCCUCGAGCAGCUCGAACACGAACGGCUCCAGCUGCGCCCAGGGCGGCAGCUACCCGCGCGAGACCCUAAACCCGCCCCCCAGCCCCGCCACUACGGCCGUCUCGACGCGGGGCAGCAGCCCGUCGACGCGCUACCGCCCCUAUCGGCACUACCGGUCCAUCAACCAGCCGCCCCCGCCCACGCCCUGCUCGACGGACGUGUGCGACGAGAGCGACUACAACUACCCGGCCAGGGGGCGGGACGACUUCGGGCCUGAGCCGCCCCCGCCUACGCCGCGGUCGCACCAGCAGGAGAGUUGCCCGCCGUCGCCCAGUUCGAGGUCGUCGACGUACUUUAGCCCGCUGCCGCCGCCGCCCUCGCCUGUCGCUUCGCCCAGGGGCAGCUAUCAUUGACUGUUUAUAUUGAGAUUUUCUAGUUUUAUUGGAGAAAUAGAUAUUAUCAAAUAUAUGUUUUUGAUUAA